AUGGAUUACAAUGAAUAUAUGUUGAGUCCUAAAUUAGCCAGGUUACGGAGGAGAUUAAUAUUGAAUGAUCAAAAAAGACAAAGACAACAACCAUCACUUGAACAAGAUACAACGACAGGUUUAAGUAGGACAACAAUACUUCCUCUUAAGAGAAACUCAGCUAUGCUUAUGCGCGAAUCGUCUUCAUCACAGCAAUCGGCCACAUCAAUCGAUCUAUCCUCAUUAACAAAUUUGGUUGAUCGUCCUCAACUGCAUGGGACUAGAAAUGACUUCACCAAAGUAGCCACCAAACUUAUGAUUCCAGCAUUAGAAGGAUUCAGAAAAUAUAUCGCCAUCACUCAAAUGGUUGUAUGGAAAACCUUCCCAAGAUCCAUAAUACCAACAAUAGACCACCCAUUGAAGUUGACAUCGGGACUAUUAACUGGAUCCAAUGGUGGGCAUAACGACUCAAUUUUCUUUAGUAUCCGAGGUAUAUGCAUUGCUUAUAGAUUAUCUGAAAUUCAUUAUGCCACUAAUGAAACCUUUCUAUUGCAUUCCCGUUCCUAUAUUUGCAUCACCGCAAGUCAAAAUGCAACCAACCAGGUAAGGAGCCAUGUAUGUGAAAAAUCUAAUGCAAAUCAUACCAACAAGCGCUCGACGGUUUCGAUAACUGAAAAUUCUCAUGUAGUCGUUUCUAAAGUAAACAGGCAUAGCCCUUACUAUGAUGCCACCGAACUCCAUCAUCAUAUUCACGGGAAUGUGCAAAAUGUAUCACUAUCACAGGCGACACACCUUCCUUAUGAAGCACCUGAGACCUUAGCUACAAUAGAUUGUACCCAAAAUAUCAAUUAUUUGAUGACGGGGGAUCAAGCGACCCAUGUCUUUGACGACAUUAGCCUGGACUCUGACUUCAUGGAGCAUUAUUAUUCUCAUUUGGAUGAAGAUGCUUGGGAUGCAGGUGAUCCAGUGCGCCAUUGUUUGUACUGCAAUGCAUCAAUGUGGGAAGGCGAGAGACUAUCAAAAAGUAGGAGAAAUAUUAUACUGAAAUUUGGACUAUGUUGCAUGGAUGGUAAAGUAGAACUACCAAUACUAAAAAUGGUACCACAAACCCUGCAGGACCUACAUAGUAUGAAUAACGAUAGAGCAAGCUUAAUUCCUUCUUACAAUAAUAGGCCAAGGUUUGCUCAACUGUAUAUAUAUAACACUGAGAAUGAAGUGCAAAACAGGGUAACUGCCGUGAGCUCUACAGAAGCAUUAAAUAUUGUUGACUAUCAGAUUGUGAAUGAUCUUAAAGAGAUGUUGGAUGUGCACAAUCCUCUUACAAAGACCUUUCGGUUUGCUAGGGAUAGAUUUGCAGAGGGUUCAAACCCAAAAAUCAAAUUGAAGCUAAUCAGAAAGCGGGAUAAGGAUGGAAGAGUAUAUAACUUACCAACUAUGUCUGAGGUAGCAAUUUUAGUUGUAGGGGACAUUGAUGACUCAAUUCUUGAGAGGGAUAUUAUAGUACAAUUCAUGUCAAACAAGUUGCAAAGGAUUGAUGUUCUACAUCCGUUGUACUUGGCUCUUCAAUAUCCGUUAUUAUUCCCUUACGGAGAAGAUGGUUUUAGGGUUGGCAUCCAGGCAUCCGUUCGUUAUGGACUUGAUGCUAAUAAGAAAAGGAAGACUAUCAGCAUGAGGGAGUUUUUUGCAUACCGAAUACAAAUGCGAUGCAAUGAAUCACUAAUACUUUUACAAUCAAGGAGAUUAUUUCAGCAAUUCUCAGUUGAUGCAUAUACUAUGAUUGAGGCAGAACGACUUAGCUUCAUUAGACACAACCAACCAAAACUAAGGGUUGACAAGUAUAAUGCACUACAUGAGUCUUUGGUUCGGGGAGAGGCGAAUGCUGUGUCAACUGGGCAGAGGAUAAUCCUUCCUAGCAGCUUCACUGGAGGACCUAGAUACAUGUUUAAUAACUGUAAAGAUGCCUUUGCAAUUUGCAAGUAUGCGGGGUACCCAAGUUACUUUAUCACCAUAACAUGCAACCCUGAGUGGGAUGAGAUUAAGCGUCUUUUGAAAGAUACUGGAUUCAAAGUAGAAGAUCGACCUGACAUAGUUUCAAGGAUUUUUAAUAUCAAGCUGAGUCAAUUGAUUGCAGACUUCAAGCAAGGAAAGUUCUUUGGCAAAAUAUCUGGCUACGUGUGCACAGUUGAAUUUCAGAAGCAUGGUUUACCACACGCUCAUAUACUGUUGUUCAUGCAUCCUCUAUUUAAACCAAAGACACCUGAGGAUAUAGACAAGCAUAUAUCAGCAGAGAUCCCUAACAAGCAUAGCAGGGCUAAGCUAUAUGCAGCAGUUGAGAAAUUCAUGGUCCAUGGCUUCCCCAAGUAUAGAAGAAGAGACAAUGGCAGAACAAUCAUGAAGAAAAACAUAGUUCUCGAUAACUCAUACAUUGUCCCGUACAACCGACCGUUGUUGCUAAAGUACUGUUGUCACAUCAACGUUGAGCAUACAUGUCAAACAUCGGCAAUAAAAUAUCUUUUUAAAUAUGUUCACAAAGGAAAUGAUCGUGUCACUGCUUCUUUCUAUCAGAGCAACGAAGAAGGGCAACUUGAAAAGGUUAUUGAUGAGAUCAGGAAUUAUUAUGAUUGUAGGUACAUAUCAGCCUGCGAAGCUGUUUGGAGAAUAUUUGGAUACGACAUACAACAAAAAGAACCUUCAGUCAUUAGAUUACCUUUUCACUUGCCAGACGAACAUCCGGUGGUUUUUAGAGACUAUGAAAACAUAGUUGACGUCAUUGACAGGGUGAAUGGCAAGCCUACAAAGUUGCUAGCCUGGAUGCUUGCAAAUAGGUUGUUUCCAUUUGGUUGUACUCUUACAUAUAGCCAGUUUCCAAAUAAGUUCGUGUGGAAGGAGGACAUUUCUUUGUGGAUGCCAAGGAAACAAGGCUUCUCAAUCGGCAGACUUACUCAUGUUCCACGAGGAAGUGGUGAAGAUUAUUACUUAAGACUUCUGCUCAACAUUCAAAAGGGGUGUGUAAGUUUUGUUGACAUACGUACAGUUGCAGGCGUUGUGUACAACACGUUCAAGGAAGCAUGUUAUGCAUUGGGCCUUCUGCAAGAUGACAAAGAAUUUGUUGAUGCCAUCUUAGAAGCAGGUAAUUGGGCUUCUGCAAACUACAUCCGUGACCUUUUUGUGGUGCUCUUAUUGUCAAACAAUAUGGGCAGACAUGAAAAUGUGUGGCAACAAUGUUAUCAUGUUUUGUCUGACGACAUUCUUUACUUUCAGAGAAAAUCCAUGCAGUCUGUAGACCUGCAACUAUCUGAAGAUCAGAUAAUGAAUCUGACUCUUUCAAAGAUAGAGGAAAAACUACAGGCUAACGGCAGAUCACUCAGAGAGUUUGAUGGAAUGCCUUUUCCAAAAUUUGGCACUAUUGAAGGGUUAGAUGAUCGGUUAAUCAUGGAUGAAUUGAACUUUGACGUCGAUGUUCUGCGCAAUCAGUGGCUUUUUUUUGUCUAUGGGUAUGGUGGAACCGGUAAGACAUUUCUCUACAACACUCUCUCAGCAGCUAUAAGAAGUAAAGGGAAAAUCGUUCUGAAUGUUGCAUCUAGCGGUAUUGCUUCUUUGUUGCUUCAAAAUGGACGCACUGCACAUUCAAGAGCAAAACUUAUUAUAUGGGAUGAGGCACCAAUGUUGAAUAAGCUAUGCUAUGAAGCUCUCGACAGAUGCCUAAGGGACAUUGUUAGGUUUGAGCCUUACUAUAAUCCAGAACGACCAUUAGGAAAGGUUGUAGUUUUAGGUGGUGACUUCAGGCAAAUUCUACCUGUAAUUCCAAUGGGAUCUCGCCAAGAUAUUGUCCAAGCAGCAAUAAACUCAUCUUACCUAUGGCAACACUGUAAUGUAUUAAGGCUAACAAUGAACAUGCCUUUAAUUGUUAGAGCAUCUUAUAUGUCACUCAGUGAUGUUUCUCAGUUUGCUUCAUGGUUGCUAGACAUAGGUGAUGGUAUUGCUGGAGAUUCCACUGAUGGUGAGUCUAUUGUGGUAAUCCCCGAUGAAAUUAUAAUUCAAGAUUUUGAUCAAUUGGUUGACUUUGUUUAUCCCAACCUGUUGGUUAAUAUCAACAACACAUCAUUCUUCAAAGAUCGUUCAAUCUUGGCCCCAACACUAGAAGUUGUCAACGAUAUACUGUGUCUCGAAGAAGGAAACAUGGAAUCUGAAUUGGAUACGCUUACACCAGAUGUCCUUAAUGCAAUUAAUUGCUCUGGUUUGCCGCCUCAUGAAUUGACUCUGAAAGUGGGUCUUCCGGUCAUGCAACUGCGUAACAUUGAUCAGUCAAACGGGUUAUGUAACGGAACAAGAUUACAGGUAAGGAAAUUAGGUAACCAUGUAAUUGAAUGCAUCACGCUAACAGGAGGCAAAAUAGGCCACGUCGUCCUGAUACCACGGAUGAAUAUGAUUCCCAAUAACCAAGCUUUGCCAUCUAGAUUCCAACGCAGACAGUUCCCGAUCAUUGUUUCAUUCGCUAUGACCAUUAACAAAUCUCAAGGACAGACCUUAAGCACAGUUGGAUUGUAUUUAUCUAGACCGGAAUUUACACACGGUCAACUAUACGUUACAUUAUCAAGAGUAACAUCAAAGAGUGGCUUGCGUGUGUUGAUUCAGAAUACUAAAUCAUUGUCAUCAAACUCGACAAUAAAUGUUGUGUAUAGAGAAGUAUUCCAAAAUAUUUCAUGA